AUGGCUACCGCCAUGGGACAGGAUGUUAUCCAAUGCCAAUUGUGUCCAAGCCCUGUGGAACAUCACUGCAACAUUUGUCACAUAAACCUUUGCCUCUCUUGCAUACCAAAACACUUGGCCGACAAAUCAAGAAAACAUGAAAUCGUUGAAUACAAAUCUAAAAGAGAAAACAUAUCUUUUUCUUCGUGCUCCUCACACAACAGAAAUCGAUGUUUGACAUACUGCCAAGAAUGUAAAAUACCAAUAUGCAGUCAAUGUGUGAUUGGUUCACACAAAAAUCAUGAUUUUACCAAUAUAAUUGAUUUUCUUCAAAAACGUAAACAGGAAAUUAUAGCUGACACUGAAGAAAUGGAAAAUACUAUUUUUCCAAAAUACAGAAAUGCAAACCCAAUAUCCACAGCUGCAGAAUUCGAAAAACUUCUGUGUGCAAUCGAACACCGAAAAGAAAGGAUCUGCAAAUCUGUGCAUGAAACAUGCAAUAAUCUCAAAGACAAAGUAACUAAUAUGAAAAAAGAAGAAAUUUUGAAGUGCAACAAAAACCUGUCUUUAACAGAAAAAGCUGUAAAAGAACUCAAUCAGGUCAUUCAGAGUAACAAAGCUAUUCUUCGAGGAAAUGAUGCGUCAGCUAUCAUGAAAUACGAGCCAAUAAAUAAGCAUUAUCUCCAAGGCCUGGAAUUUUCGGAAUUUUCAUGGCCAUAUUUCUUCCCUGGUAUUAUUAAAGAAGACCAAAUUGUUUACCUUUUCGGUCUUUAUCAGACGGUUAAUAAUCUGAGGAAAAAACCCGGAAUGCUGAAAAUGAUGGAUGAACCUGUCGUAGUACUAAAAGGUCAAACUAUAUAUGGCAAUGAUGAUGAGUUGAUGAGCAUAAGGUGUUCUGGUAUAGAUAAUUUGAUUAUAAGUGGAAAUGACGGCGUUAUCAGAGAAGUAGACAAGAAAGGAUCACAGCUUAAAAAAAUUUUGACACAUCACGAUGUGUGGGGUUUGGCAAUUAAUUUGCAACAAGAGAUGGUGUUUUCCUUCAGCCCCUAUUCUUCCAAAAAUAUAGACAUUUAUAUGUUUGAUAAGGGUAAAAUUAAGAUAUUACUAAGCAUACCUCAUUGGUUUCCGGUCGGUUUAUGUUAUACAGAGAAUGAACAUCUACUGGUGAGCAUGCGCUCAGAAGAUAAGACACAGAGUAUAGUGGCAAGAUACUCGGGGACAGCAGAAAUUCAAAAAAUCCAGUAUGGCAGUCAGGGACAGGCUUUGUUUUCUACUGAUGUUUUAAAUGGGCUUCAGCUUACUGAGAAUGGCGAUGGAAACAUUUGUGUUGCUGACAAUGCUGGGAAUGCAGUUAUUGCUGUGGAUUCUUCUGGGAUAUUACGUUUUAAGUAUAUAGGCGAUUCAUCCAAACAACUGAAAAACCAAGAAUUCAAACCAUGUCACAUUGAUCAUGACGUAAAUAAUCAAAUAUUGAUAAGCGAUAUCUCAAAAAACAACAUUGUACACAUUUUAGACUGUAAUGGUAAUUUUGUCAGAUAUAUAGAAUAUCCGUGUGAUGGCGGACUAAGUAUUGAUAGAAACCACAAUCUAGUCAUUGGAGACAGACGUAAAGGAAAACUUAAUUUCAUCAAAUAUCUGGAGUGUUGA